UGGAUGAACGACGAUUACCCUCAUACACUCCCCCUUGACCUUCCCUUCGUGUCCAUGACACUUGAAAACUCCCGCCACUACACUCUCUCCUCACCCACCUCCGAUGCUGACUUUCAAUCCAUCUACCCGUCCUCCUCUCUCGGCUUCGUCCGUCUCGGGCCUAAGAAGCGUUUCUUCGGUCUCUCCAUGUAUCACCAAAUUCACUGUCUCGACGCCCUGCGACUCGCGAUCCAGGGCAAGAACCCGCACGGGGAGCAUAACCUCGGUUCGUCGGGGAAGGAGCACUGGAAGGAAGACCAUUCGGACCAUUGUUUGAAUUAUUUGAGGCAGACGAUAUUGUGUAAUGCGGAUUUGACGUUGGAGGAGGAGUUUCCGGAGGAGGGCUCGAGUGAUGUGGGUGAGGGGUUGGGGGCGAAGUAUGUUUGUAAGGAUUGGAGUUUGGUGUAUGUGUAUGUGGAGAGGAAUUUUGAGGAAUGGCAGGAGUGGAGGAAUGGUACGAGGACAUCGCAUCAUUACUAAGUCGGCAGGUAGUCGAUGGCAUAACAGUGAUGUUGAGACUCGCCCCACAUUGGUGUCUGUAUUUGCUCCAUGGGCUGGGGCUGUCAUAGCGC